AUGGCCCACGUCACCGGCACUCAGGGUUGGGAGAGCCCGUGCUCGGUUGAGAACAUUCGCGAGAAGCUCUUCGAUGAGCAGGACCGCUUCCCAGUCGACCCGGAAUACAAGCGUGCCUUAGAUACUAUCGAGUCCGUCCGCAAGGCCGUUGCCCAGACAAAGCCCGAGUACAAGGCUGCCUAUGAUGGUGGCCAGCAAACGUGGAACCAUUUCAUCGGCAACUUGUCCCCCGCCCAGGAACACGAUUUGCAGGUCGCCUUUCUGCGUGAACAGCAUCGCCAGUUCAUGACGGGCAGUGAUUCGGCGGACGAGAUGGCCGUGGAUGCAAGAGGAAAGAAAGGGUUCAAGGCCCCAAAGGAAACUGUUGGUGUCGAGGUGGAAAGGCACAGCCGGGCUCACAAGAAGAGAAAGACUGAGUAUUGA